GUUGUCUAUGUUACUCGAUCACCCAGUAAGUCAAAUAAUACAGGACUUGGGCUCGAGGUCCUAUCCGAUAAGGUACUGGACGUGAACAUAUUUUCGACUAAAUUAUGUGAGCGCGUUUCAUUUUGCAUGGCUUAAAUGGAUAUUUGGAUUGUCAAAUUUAUUACAAUCGAGUAAACUGUUUUACAGUAAGUGUUUUACAGUAAGUGUAAAACUUACGUAUUUGUCGGAUGCGGACUGAUGCUCAUCACGCACGGCCAUGCUGGAUACCCGCUUAGAAAUGUCCACAUGGGUUUCUGAGAAGAGGCGCGUGCUGUUAACUUUAGAGAAGGUUAACCUCUGUGCAGCAGGUGGUGGUGAGAGCGGCGCUUCAUCUCCAGCACAAUGAAGCUUUCGGAGUUCCUCAAAGCUGCAGUAUUGGCGCUCAUAACUUUCUGUACACGCGUAAAAUCCAUCCCUUUAGAGUGUGAUCCAGAGUACCUGUGGCUCCAGGAAGAGGAGAACUGCAACAAAAUCAUUCACCAAAAUAACAUUACACACGUUAACUCCACAGGUUGCAGUGCAUUAUGGGAUGAUGUGAACUGUUGGCCUCAUGCAGAGGUUGGAAAUGUAAUCUCUCAGCAGUGCCCCAAGUUCCUCAGGGUCAAAGGAAAUGUAAGGAGAAACUGUACAGAGAAUGGGUGGUCCGAUCCGUUCCCACCAUACAUGCUGGCCUGCGGAUCCUUUAAUGGGGUAGUGCACCAACACACAGACAUGAAGCUGGCAUCACAUAAGUACUUCAUGGGGGUAAAGAUCAUGUACUCAAUGGGCUACAGCAUCUCAGUGAUUUCCCUCACCAUUGCAUUCAUGUUGCUGUGUGUGCUCAGAAAGCUCCACUGUACUCGGAAUUUCAUUCACAUGCAGCUAUUUCUUUCCUUCAUUUUGCGGGCUGUUUUCAUUUUCAUCCGAGAUGCAGCUUUACACAAGUCACAGGAUUAUUACCACUGUGAAUAUCACCCGCUUGGCUGUAAAGUUGCACUGAUUUUGUCUAACUAUGGCAUACUGGCUAACUAUAGUUGGCUGUUGGUGGAGGGUCAUUACCUGCACAGCCUCAUCCAUCUUUCCCUACAUUCCCCAAGAAAAUGUUUGCACUGGUACAUCAGCUUUGGCUGGGGCAUGCCUAUGCUCAUCAUCAUCAUGUGGAGUGUCGCCAAAUAUCUGCAGGAGGAUGAGGGGUGUUGGGAGACAAGAAGCAGAGGUUGGAUCUGGUGGAUUCUGAGAGUUCCUGUUAUCCUAUUCAUUACCAUGAACCUCCUGUUUUUCUUGAGAAUCAUACAAACAAUAGUAAGCAAGAUGAGAGCUCCGGACACAAUUGGAAAUGAGUUUAAACAGCACAAGAAGCUGGCCAAGUCCACACUGCUGCUCGUGUCACUGUUUGGUGUGCAGUAUACCCUCUUCACUUUUUUCCCUGAUGGAGUCAGCACCCUCACUUUUCAGAUCUGGAAUGCCAUUGAGCUCGCCCUGGCCUCCACACAGGGCUUCAUAGUAGCACUUCUAUACUGCUUUCUGAAUGGAGAGGUUCAGCAUGAAAUUACACGGCACUGGAGACGGUGGCGUCUAAAGCAGCGUGUCCAUGGUGACGCUAGAUUGCAUCAUGGCUCCCUAAGCCAAAGUGGUCUGCCGCUCACACAGAUAUCACUCUUAGCCAGAGUUAAUAACAUAUCCUAAAAAACGCAUGUUUGACUGACCAUAAGACAGUCAAACACAAUAAAAUAUUACACACAUCUAACUGUAAAAAAUAAAAUAAGCUCUGACUAAUUACAAACAUCAAACAUGACCAAAUAACUCAAACUAUAAACAUUAAUAGUGAGCUACAUUAACAGUCUCAGUGUAGUUGGACUUCUAGAUGCACUAUGGCUGAAUGAAGAAUGCUUCCCUCAAGUGCGUGCAGAGUUUCCGUUGCCAUGUUUCAGUCCCAUUAAUCUGCUGUUAAUAGAAUCAUAGUUGACUUUGUAAUAAAGCAUUUCACCAAUCUACUUAAAACACGGCAAGAUAAGAAAAACGUUUUAUGCUAUAUUUAAACAUACAACAUAGAGUAGCUUAAAAGCUGCACACAUCAGACUCUAAAUAAAUAGUAGAAUAUUCGUAUUUCUUAUAUUACGUUUAUGUCAUGUGAUAUAAAUUAACAAUGUUUGUGCAAAGUGCAUAAAAUUCUUCACUAACUUCAGUAAACUGAAUACUUCACACAAUAUUUUAUUUUCAAUUAUCCAGGACCACUGACAUUGUUUACUAUUCUUUUAGUUAAAUAUUCCUAACCAGGGGCUUUUUAAAAAAGAGAAAAAUUAUCCCUAUUUUCAAUUUUCAAAACAAUUUACUUGUUGUGCUUGUUGUGUCUAUAAGUAGAUGGUACGGUUAUAAAAACAAGUUAUAAAACACUGAAUGUGA